GUGCCGAAAUCCUCUUGCGACACUUUGGAAAUGCCCUUCGUGUGGUUUUGUAGUUCCUGCUUCCGACACGCCGUCCGUCAGCACCAUUCAGAGAGGCCGGCCGUCACCACCGCCUUUCUCCGCUUAGAUUUUUACCACUACGGCCUUUCGCGGCUGUUCUGUUCUCACGUCGGCGAUUUUCGCCGCAUCGUUCGGUCCUCGCCUCGCCACCCGCCUGGGCCAGCCGUCUUCACUGACGCCGGCUACACAAAGCGGCGAUCGCCAUCCCUGCGCCGUCUGUGGCCUCAUCCCUAUCCGCUUGAAGCGCCGUCAGCCGGCUGGCCAUCUUUACUGACGCCGGCUACAGAAGCGAUCGCACACACCCGUCCCUGACCCGUCGUUGAGGCCCCAUCCGCAUCCACACUCAUUCGCCGUCAGCCGACCAGCCGUCAGCCGACCAGACGUCAGCCGGCCAGCCGUCAGCCAGCCAGCCGCCUUCAUUGGAAGACGCUACAGAAGCGGCGCAUUAUCCAGAACCUUCCCGAAUUGGAUUUCUGCAUGCCCCCAUUCGUCGGAGCUCCCCCCCGGCGCUCCUAGAGGCGCCUCUUAGGAGAUUCCCGCGUGCACCCGUUUCGAGACUCUACGCGGCGCCUCUUCCAGCGAUGGCCGACAUUCCCACCGCGGUGCUGCUGAGGGUGAUGAGGGAGGAGGUGGCGGCAAUCACAGCGCUGAAGCACAAGAUCCGAGAGAAGCUGCACGUGCUGCAGGUGGAUGAGGCGAGUAUGAUGGAGAUCCUAGCAGAAGCAGAGGCACCGCCUGCAGUCAGAGCAGCAGCGGCAGCACGGGCAGCUGCGGACAGGCAGAGGGGCUCUGGUGGCUUGGAGGAGAGAGAAGACGGGGGAGGGCAUGGGGGAAGGGAAUGGGGAGAGGAAGGGGGAGAGGACGGGGGAGAGGACGGGGGAGAGGAGAUGAGUUUGGAUGAUCUGGUGGCUGAUUUGGCGGAAGAGCUAGAGAGGGAGAUGGGGGAUGGUGCAGGGGGUGAGGAGCAUGGUGCAGGGGGUGAGGAGCAUGGUGCAGGCGAUGAGGAGCAUGGUGCAGGCGAUGAGGGGGAUCACGGGGUUAUAAGCAGUGGGGGAGGUGGGGAAGGUGAGGCAGGUGGGGGACGGCACUUGAUGGAAGGGACGGAGUGGGAGAUGGCGGGUUGUGUGGGAGAUGAGGGGGGUUGUGUGGGAGAUGAGGGGGGUUGUGUGGGAGAUGAGGGGGGUUGUGUGGGAGAUGAGGGGGGUUGUGUGGGAGAUGAGGGGGGUUGUGUGGGAGAUGAGGGGGGUUGUGUGGGAGAUGAGGGGGGUUGUGUGGGAGAUGAGGGGGGUUGUGGGGACGUAUGCAGUGGGGAUGUUGGGGAAGGGCACUUGGCGGGAGGUGUGGAGAAAGAGAUGGGGGAUGGUGUGGGGGAUGCAGGAGAUGGGGGGGAUGGGGGAGUAGGAGAGGGAGCCAAAGAGGUGGAGAGGGGGGUGGGGGUGGGGGAAGCUGCUGAGGAUGGAGUAGGUGGCGAUGAUGGGGGUGAUGGGGGUGAUGGGGGUGAUGGGGGUGAUGGGGGUGAUGGGGGUGAUGGGGGUGAUGGGGGUGAUGGGGGUGAUGGGGGUGAUGGGGGUGAUGGGGGUGAUGGGGGUGAUGGGGGUGAUGGGGGUGAUGGGGGUGAUGGGGGUGAUGGGGUGAUGGGGGUGAUGGGGGUGAUGGGGGUGAUGGGGGUGAUGGGGGUGAUGGGGGUGAUGGGGGUGAUGGGGGUGAUGGGGGUGAUGGGGGUGAUGGGGGUGAUGGGGGUGAUGGGGGUGAUGGGGGUGAUGGGGGUGAUGGGGGUGAUGGGGGUGAUGGGGGUGAUGGGGGUGAUGGGGGUGAUGGGGGUGAUGGGGGUGAUGGGGGUGAUGGGGGUGAUGGGGGUGAUGGGGGUGAUGGGGGUGAUGGGGGUGAUGGGGGUGAUGGGGGUGAUGGGGGUGAUGGGGGUGAUGGGGGUGAUGGGGGUGAUGGGGGUGAUGGGGGUGAUGGGGGUGAUGGGGGUGAUGGGGGUGAUGGGGGUGAUGGGGGUGAUGGGGGAUGACGAUGGAGGGACGAAGCGAGAGGAGAAAGGGGAGGAACAGGGAAGAGAAGACGAGGGGGGGCAAGGGGGGGAGCAGCAGGCAUAACACGAAGUCGAAGGGAGAGUGGGUGUUGAUGGUGCUGAUGGUGACGGUAACAAUGUGACGAGGAGAGUGUUGCUGGGCUGUGAGGCUGGCCGCAUGGGCUCUGCAGGAAUUCACCCUUGUGCGGCUGGAGAGGGGAACAAGGGGGCGACGAGAGUGUGGUGAUGAUUGCUGGGAGCCUGAGGAGCAGGCGGAGCAGGAGGCGCAGGGGAGGCAGGGAGGGCAGCGGGAGCAGGGGGAGCUGGGGGAGCACCGGGCUGGACGCGCUGACCAUGAAGUGCCUACUUUUGGCUACGUGCCACUGACAGCAUCACGUUCAUUCGCGCCUCAUAGUUAAAGUUGCAGCAUUGUAGUUCUGAUGCUACUUUGUAAGAAAGCUCCCUAAGGCCAGAACCAUUCUGGACAACAAGAGGGACAAUUGUACCAUUUUGUUUACUUG